AUGGCGGCCAUGCCUAACUUAGUGAACACCAUGGAAGCGAAUGCUACUGCGACUCUGCAAGCUGUGCAGAGGCUAGGCCAACCGGUGGGAAAUGGCAAUGGGAAUGAUGAAGGGAAUGCCAAUGAUAAUGCUGAGGGUAACGGCGAUAACACGGGAGGAGUUCCGAUGACCUUGGCAACGUUCCUCAAGGUUCAUUCGCCAACUUUCCGAGUGUCCACAAAUCCUAUUGAAGCAGACCACUGGUUCCAGGCUAUGGAGCGUGCUUUACAGGCGCAGCAUGUUCCUCUUAAUCAAUAUGUAGAGUUUGCCGCUUAUCAGCUAGCGGGAGAGGCCCAGCCCUGGUGGCAAGUUGAGUGUCAUUUGCUACAGCUUCAGAACGCCGACAUUCCAUGGGAGGGUGACCCGAAGACUUUCGAGAGCUGGAGGUGCGUUAAGUACCAAAGGGGUUUGAAGAAGAGCAUUAUGACUGUUGUGGCUCCUAUGGAGAUCCGUGUCUUCUCCGACUUGGUGAAUAAGGCUAGAGUAGUGGAAGAAUAUGCCAAGACCGUAGCGGCAUCCAAGGACACUCGUGGAGGGAGUUCUAGUCGUGGGCGUGGCAAGUAUUUUUAUCCGAGAGGACAAAGCUUCAAGAGAGGAGGAUAUACGCCUCAAGGCCAAGGGGGCUUCAGAAAGAACAAUCAGAAUCAGUUUCAGUAUGCUAGGGGAAGAGGAAAUCAGAGUAAGGAUUCUCCGGAUUUAGCUUGUAAUCGUUGUGGACGUUUUCACCCUUAUGAAUCAUGCAAGAUUGGUUUAGGUGGUUGCUUCAAGUGUGGGUUGCCUGGCCACAUUGCGAAGGAUUGCCCUCGUGGGAGGAAUCAGAAUGCAGGCCAGAGUCAGCAUCAAGGCCGAGUCUUUGCUGUGAAUGCCAAUGAUGCUUCCAAGGCGGAUCCUUUGAUGAGAGGUAUAUGUCUAAUUGGUGAUAAGUCCUUAGUUGCAUUAUAUGAUACUGGAGCUUCGCAUUCAUUUAUUUCGUUUGUUAAAGUUGAGAAAUUAGGUUUGAAAGUGUCAGAGUUGCCUUUUGAUCUGCAUGUAUAUACUCCGUAUCAGACAGUUAUGACUAGGUCAGGUUAUAGACAAGUAGGUUUUAAGCUUAAGAGUAGAGAUUUUGUGCAUGAUUUGAUCUGUUUACCAAUGGUGGGGCUUGAAAUGAUUUUGGGGUUUGAUUGA